AUGUGCUACAUCGAGUACUUCCCAAUCAUCCCAAAAGGGUGCAUCGCAGCCAACAAGCACGUACACAUGGUCAAGGACAUCACUCCGUGCUUUGAGACCGUCGCCAUCGCCAUGGCUCGGCAGGCCGACUCGGAGACAGACCCCAAGGGCGAGCUCGCCAUCACCCUCUGCCUAGACGCAGAGUGCAUGCGGAUCGACUGUUUCCGCCGAAAGAUGCAUGUGGCGCCCCUGCAGGAGUCCAACCCUCACUGCCCCAUCUGCACGGGCGAGAAGACCCUCGUGGCGGCCUUACUGGUCGACACCGACACCGAGUACGCCGUGCUUCCGACUGGCAGACAACUGCGCACCGCGGCAACGGAGCGCAGUCUCCCCAGUUACUUCCGCCGCACGGAUCUCUGGUAUGGCCCUGACUUUGACAUGGACCGCAUUCGUCUCGUCACCACCGCGGACAACAAGUUGCGCUACGACCCUGCCCGGGACGGCGUGACGAACCGCGCAUAUGAGGCUCGGGUUGCAAAACGGAUACGCCGCGUGUACUUCAAGCUCUGCAAGCAACUGGAUGAGGAGAGUGAUAGCGUGGUGCCAGCUACUUUGGACCUUCGCAUGAGUGUCUUCCAGCACUGA